AUGUCUCUCAAACGAAAAGGCACUGUAGUAGAUUUGCAGAGAAGAGUCAGACCUCGACGCGAAACGAGUGUCGAUAUUGAACUAGGAUCCGACAACGAGCUGCAACACUCCAAUAUUAGUCAUGAUAGUUCAAGUGUUCAUUGCGGUAGCGAUCAGGUUCGUUCGGAUUCAGACUCAGAUUCAAAUGGUACCGAAGACGAACCACAAGAUGGUGUAGCUUCUAUAUCCUUUGGUGCUCUAGCAAAAGCGCAGGCUACUCUUUCGCACCCUGGAAAGAAAAAGUCUAGAAAUGACGAGCAUAACGAUCACGAAGUAUGGGGCAACGAGGAAGCUUCAGAAAGGAAGACUGGGCGCAAAGAUCACAGGGACUUCAAUCGGAGUAGCAAGCAUGCACCUACGGAAGUGUCGAGUAAGAAAGCCGUUUCACGAAGACGUGAGGUCGUACCGGUCUCCAAACGCGAAAUCAGGGACCCUAGAUUCGAGUCAUUAGUUGGGCAGGUGGAUGAAUCGAAAGUUAGAGCGGCAUAUUCAUUCUUAGACGACUACCGAGAGGAUGAGAUGAAGGAGCUUAAGACGGCGAUAAGAAACACCAAGGAUGAAGAUGCGAAGGAGAAGCUGAAGCGGGCUCUCUCGUCGAUGGAGUCGAGGAAGAAAGCAGACAUGAGGAAGAAGAAGGAACAAGAAAUCCUCAAUCGACACAGGAAGGAGGAGAAAGACUUAGUAAAGCAGGGAAAGAAACCCUUCUACCUGAAGAAGGCAGAACAAAAGAAGCGUGUCCUGCUAGACCAAUUCGGGAAUCUGAAAGGCAAGCAACUUGACCGGGUUAUCGAGCGAAGGAGGAAGAAGGUUGAAGGUAAGGAGAAAAAGAACAUGCCAUUCUCGAGGAGAGGUGCAAAAUAGGAAUGUAUUAUAUCUUUACACGUGUUGUGUUAUUACAGUACUUCAACGAUUCCCAAACCCCACCAUCCAUAUUCACAAGAGUUCAACCUUCGACAUGCUAUUCUUGAAUAAUUCCCGACAUCUUACACGACUCCCGAGCCUGGCACAAAGAAGGAAUGCACCACUCAGUUUUCUGUGUAAACUAUACGUUUCUUCUGGAGGGGGGGCCAAUCUCUCCCUGAUCAUCAAUGGGAUUUGUUCUUUGACUCUGUCAGUGAUGGUCUGGUCUUUGAAGUUAUAGAGUUCGGG